AUGAAACCCUCGAACAGCAGAUCCGAUUUUCAAAAGAAGACUUCAUCCUCUUCGGGGAGUAUCAACAACACGUUAUCAUCCAGCAAUGUUGCGUCGUCAUCAUCAUCCUCCUCUUCGGGGGGAGGUGCCACCAAUAAAAGCGUUUCUGCCUCCAACAUCAGUAGUAAAUCAUCCUCCGUAACGAAUAGUCCAGCACUACUGCCCAAAGCAUCAUCAUCGACCGAGACAAAAGAUAAUUAUGCAAGAUCUCAUUCUGGAGAAUCAUCUAAAACAACGAUAUUGCCUCCUCCGAAUACUGAAAAGUGUUUACCGUUUUUUCCAGUUACAUUAUUUUCGGAAAAGAACUUCUCCGAAGGAUACAAUGAAGUGGAGUUUAUUGAAAAUUUAACAUAUAAAUUAUUGAAUGAAGUGAACAAACUCAAUCCAUCAAAUUCGGGUGGAUCCAGCACUGCUCAAGAAUUGCUCGAAGAUAAACAAGCCGAAUAUUUGGAAGUAUUUCAACAAUUAUUUCAGAGAAGUAUUUUUGAAAUGGAAAAGUUGAUGAAGGAUGUCAAUGUUACUGUCGAACGUUUAAUGAAAGACACUGAAAUUGCUUCCCAAAAACAUCAAUCCAAGUUACAAUCAUUUCAUGAGGAACUUGAGACAAUUUCCGAAAAAUUUAAAAACAUUGAGGAUGUCAUCAAUCAAGUUGGAAAUACAACAGUUCAAGUGGGUAAUACCCUAGAUACUGUGGAUAAACAAAAAAGUAGAGCCAUUGAAGCAAAACAACUCAUGCGGUUUUUCAACGAGUUCAACAGCUACGAUCCUGAAACAUUCAAGAGAGAAAUUCUUCCAGAAAAGAAAUUCAAGAAUGCACUUUUCAAAAAGAAAGGAUCGCGACAUCGUGCGGCAAAAAUCAUGCAAGAUCUCAAACUGAUUGCUGAUGAUUUGAUAAAAGUAGAGAGUUGUAAAAAUGCAGUUGUUAAUAUCAAGCUCUAUAAUGAUGAUCUAAUUCGUACUCUUUUAGAAGAUUUUUCAUAUUCCAUCAGGCUUCUUGAAGACAAUAGAAAACAAGCCAUAAGUGACAUGAAAAAAAAGGCAAAAAUUUUGUUUGAUAUCAAAUGUGAGGAAAAAUGUAUCGAAUUGUAUGUGAAAAUGAGAUUUGAACGAUUUAUCAAUGUUGCUGCCGAACACGACAAUAUUGACAAGGAAUUUUCAAAGAAACUUCUCGAAGAAACACAAGACAAGGUGAAACGUCUGGAAGCACUUCGACAAAGUCUAAAUCCUGAAAAGAAAGAGUCUGAUGAUGACGAAGAGGGAGACUACGAUGAAAGAGGAACCUCUUCUGAGAAGAAUACGAACUCUGAAAAGGGAACUUCCACAGACACCUCUCAAAACAAACAACAGAAUGAGCAGGAAAUUAAAGAAGAAAUUGCCAAUCUAGAAAAGGAAAUUCAAGAACGAACAAAAGCCAUUGAAGAGCAAAAAGCUGUAAAGAAGGAAUUGGCUUUCCAAGAAUGUCGAGAGAAGGCCAUUGAAUUUGUUGAAAAUGUCUCAUUGUAUCCUGUUUUUUUGAGCAAGGUUGAGAAGGCAACCACUGCUGAACAUUCAAUCAUUUCAGAAGUCUUCCCAAAUUCAACUCGUGACGUUAUUCUCAUGUAUCUGUUAAAAAUUGUAGAUUUAAUAGUGGAAGAGAUUGUGAAUCGAUUACUCAAGGAACCAAAGAACGAAUCUUCUGAUUUUAAGGACCUUGAAGCUUAUCUAUUUGACUUUGAAACCAUUUAUAACUCUACUAUGGAUUUUGUUGAGAGAGUUUCCAAUGAGCUUUCAGAAAUUUCCACUCUCAAAUCAACCCUCAGUAGGAGUAUUGAAAAUAUCUUCUUCAAUAAGAAGAAGAGUUAUGGAGAUAUUGAGAAGGAUUAUGUCGUUGGAUACUAUGAGAGCAUUACAGAAGAUAUUGACCGAGAGGAAAAGGUGAUCAUGAGUCAAUUAAUUGACAUUCAGGUCAAAAAGGGUGUCUAUUCGGGCGUUUUCAGCUCCUCUGUCAUUCCAAAUCUUUCUCAAGUUGUGAUGAAUGCGCUUCAAGAUCCUGACCAGUCACGACUAAUUCAAGCGUAUCCUCGACUCCAACUUGAUAUUGUUGUAUCCUUUAUUCAUACCAACACGGAGGCAUUGACACGAUGCAAAAAACUCUCCUCUAAGAAUGACAUUCCAAAGAAUAUGUUGGCCAUAUUUGAGUUAUUGAAAAAUUCAGUGUACGAUUAUGUGAAAAGGUGUUUGGAAUUUUCAGUCGCCACUCUAGAGGGAACAAGUUCAAAGAAAGAACCUCCUAUGGAGCUCUAUCAAACCAUCCAACUUACCAAUUCAGUACUCCAAAAGAUUCAACGUCAUUUGGAACAAAAUGUUCUUCCUAGUAUUGUUUCUGUCUCUUUACCAAUUCAGUUGCAAUGCAUCAAGUUGAAGGAUGAUUUAUUCUCAUCACUCGAGUCAUAUGUGGUGCGAGGUCUCGAACUCAUGCUCAAAGCCAUUGUCAAAUAUUGUGAUUAUAUUUUCGAAAAGGAGCAAAAGAGUACAGCUGCUGAUUACAAACCAAAGGAGAAUGAUCAAAGAUUUGUAUUUGUGGAACAUCAACCAACUCUGGCGUGUAGCAAAUGUUGUGCAUUCCUCUCUGCUCAUGCUGAUCAAAUUCAGACAUGUCUAUUUGGAAAAAACAGAGAAUACUUUUUGACAAAGCUUGGAGUUCACAUUUUCCAACUCUUAUCCAAUGAGCUGCGAAAAUAUUCUGUGAGCGACAUUGGAGCAAUCAAAUUGAUGAGAGAUUUGUCAGAGUAUCAAAAAACCAUUCGUCAAUUCCAAGUGAGUGCAGUGGAAGAUCAAUUUGAUACUUUACGAGAAAUAGCGAAUGUAUUGUUGGUACUUCCUCAGAAUUUGGUUGACGUGGUGCAGCAAUUAGAAAAGAAUCCUUCUGUCAAACAUGAAGAUGUUGUUGCAUUUAUUCGAAUGAGAAGUGACUACAAAACAGCCAAGCCUAUUUUCAAAGACAAGAUUGCUGGAUUCCAUUAA